CCAUCAUGGAGCCUACACCCGUGGUAAAAACUCCAGAAUGGUCUAGUAUCGAAGUCCUGCACCUUAUCAAAGAAUUCGGCAAUCGACCAGCCCUUUGGGACCCUGACUGCGAAGACUAUAAGAACAAAUCCCGGAAACAUGCCAAAUGGCUCGAACUAGCAGCUAUUUUCAAUUGUAGCAGACUUGAAGUUGAGCGCAAGAUGAAAAUUCUCAACUCUCAAUACCGGAGGGAAAGACUCAAAGCCAUUCGAAUGAGGAGAGCCGGGAAAACACACAAAAGUACGUGGUACGGUUACAAGGAAUUUUCUUUCAUGAAUAAGUUGUUGGUGAGAUACAAGAAUAAAACUGCGGAUAUUAUUAAGCAAGAAAAUGAAGAAGAGAUGUUAAAAGAUGAAGAAUGUGAAAACACAGAAGUGGCAGAAUCACCACAUUUUUUAGAUGUUUCAGAAAUGGAAAAAAAGGGCGAAACUCAGAAUUAUCCUGAUGAAUGGUCGCUCUUUGGUGAAUUGGUCGCUUACGCAUUUAGGAAAUUACCUGAUGACAGGACAAGAUGCAUAGUCAGGCAUAAAAUAAAUACAGUUCUGUAUGAAGCAGAGCUUGCAAGUUACGAAAAUGGAAUAAAACAAAACUGCUAUUAAAAGAGAUAUUUCAUUUUUAAAUCUUACAUAAAGUAGGCGUUAACAUGUAUAAUUUCUUCAAAAAACUCUUCAUACAUACAAUUAUAUACAUACAC